AUGGCAGCUUGGUAUUCUAAUCUCUCAAUUAGUGAACUAAAAGACACAGUCCUACAUGGAAACAUCAAAAACCGUUUUAUUCUCUGAAAAAUCUUUCUUGGCAUUCUCCAAGGCCCAUAUGAAGAUUGGCUUUCCACAAAUUCAAAACUCCGUGAAGACUACAACCACAUGAAAUCAGCCCUUACCCCUUCUAUCAACCUCAAGCAAGCAGGCACCUUAAAUAACCCCCUUUCCACAAACUCAGAUGUAUUUUAUAAUUAGAGUCCUUGAUUUACACAUUUUAAAUACCAAGAAGAAAGAAGAGUGAUAAGAAUUGACGUGGAUAGGACAUUUCAAAAAUAUCAGAUAUUCCAGGAUGAGCAGAAUAAAAAUAUUUUGGAAAAUAUCUUAUUUGUAUGAAGCAUGACACAUUCUAUAGGGUACAACCAAGGACUCAACGAAAUUUGUGCAGUCAUCAUGUACGCUCUUUUAAAUGAGCCAGAAAGUGAAGAUGGAUUAGCAAGCUGAGAAUAUAUAGAAGCUGAUUGCUAUUGGAUUUUUAGUAAAAUAAUGGAACUUAAUAUAGAAGAGUUGUUUGUCCAUGAGAUUGAACAAUCGAAAAUAGGAAAUACGUUAGAUGACGUCGCAUGUUAUGAUAGAUCGAUAUUAAGAGAAACCCCAGAAAUGGUGAGAAGAAGCCACUAUAUUUUUCAUAGAAUUUUAAGUGUAACAGACCAAGAACUGUAUUUACAUAUCCAAAAAAGCAAAUACGAUCCUCAGCUUUUUUUCGUCAGGUGGCUUAGAUGCCUAAUAAGCCGCGAAUUUACAUUAAACCAAACUCUCUUGAUUUGGGACGCAAUGCUAGCCUGCCACAGCAUAAACAAUAAGGAGCUCGAACUUUUAAACUAUAUUUGUGCAGCAAUGCUCUCCGCAGAUCGUGAAAACUGUAAGACAUAAAUAGUGCUUCAUACACCUUGUGGAGAUUUGCUGCAACUAUUAAUGAAUCCGUUGACUAUAAAUGAUAUCCCGUUUGUGAUAAAUUCUGCUGUUAUGUUUUAUGAAGAACAAAUAGACAAGAAGAAGACAGUUCUUAUGAGGACUGAUGGGGGAGAAGGAACCUUAACUUCUUCACUGAAAAUGCUCUAUAAAAUGGUUUCAAAUAAAGCUGAGCAUUUAAAAAAGAAAACGAAAAAUAAAAAGCAAAAGGGAGCAACGCUUGAGUCAAUGCUCUUGUAUGUAAGCCAAUCUAAACUUAUGAUCGAAGAACAACUGCAAGCGUAAGAAUAAUGUAGAAAAAGCUUACUCCCCCCCCCCCUCCGUGAGCGAACAAAACCAUUAGAAAAAUCGCCAUUUUUUGACCAAAAACCCACCCUCCGUGAGUGAACAAAAAUUUUUUUAAUAGAAAAAAUUUUAAUGGAAAAAAAUUUUGAUAUAUAAGUGAUAAUUAGUAUAAUGAAAUCUAGAGCUAAUUCUGUUUAAUUUUAAACAAAUUGCGUUUUAAAACAUAAAUUUUGCAAAUUAAAUUAAUAUUUGCUUCCCAAUUUUUGCAAAUUAGGAUUUUUUUAAAUUUCGAAAAAAAUAUUUUUUAUAAAAAUUUAUAUAUAAAUUUUUUUUUAAAAAAAAAAAUUAACCCCCCUCCGUGAGCGAACAAAAAUUUUUUUGUUCGCUCACGGAGGGGGGGGGGGAGUUAGAUAAAGACAAAACAAAGAAAACGAUAAAAAAACUGAAAUAUUUGCUUGAUUACCCGAAAUAA